AUGCCAUCGUAUCACACGGAAUGCAAAAAAACCCUGAACAGCACGCAACAGUGUAGACGGAGGGGUCUGCGCAUCAACCCUAAAAAGACCACCAUUAUGCCAUUCACCAAGAAGGAAGCUACACCUCACAGCACCCACUGGACGACACUGUGCUGCAAAGGAUUCAAAGGCUUGCAUGCCUCAGCAAUGAAAACCUGCCUCACAGCAGCUAUGGAGGCCCUUCUUGACCUGCUGCCCCUCUACCUGCAGGUUCGUAAAACAGCUUUCAGUUCGGCAUUCCAAAUAUUAAACUUUUACAAAGCUAUAUCGAUCGGUCGGACUGGAAACAUGAAAAUCCUCUCAACGGACGGCCUAAGCAAUGUAGCUCACCUUCCCAUGAAUGCGAUGAAAACAGAAUAUGUCUUUGCACACAAUUACAAGGCUGUCUACAUAGACAGAGAGACGUGGGCACGGGGGGGAGGGGGCUUUAGCAGGGGCGCCCUACAGUGGUAUAUCGACGGCUCCAAAAUGACAAUAGGCGUCGCGGAAGCUGGCAUCUAUGGUCCUAACUGCCACAUAUCGAUCCCCAUGGACGUAGCGCCCUCCAUACUUCAAACAGAAGUGUUUGCGAUAAACCUAUGCGCCGAUAGCUUAAUCAACCGAAAAAAAGGUAUAAAGGGCGCAACCAUUGACAUUCUAACAGACAGCCGAGCAGCGCUUUUGGCCAGGGACAACCAUGUUACUCUUUGGUGGGUCCCGGGACACAAGGGCAUCCGAGGUAAUGAGGUGGCAGAUGAGUUCACAAAGAAAGAGGUGCGUGCACCCCCGACGGGACCGGUGCCCAGGUGCGGAGUCACUGCCAACCACAUCAAAGGACUCAUAAGACACUGGGAAGAUGGUAUUAAAUCCUCAUACUGGAGCGGCAUGACGGGACUGGUCCAGGCCAAGAAGUUCAUCACAUACUCGCCGCAAAGAAUAAGAGCUGUAUUAUCCCUGGACAAAGGGAACCUAACCACCCUGAUAGGUCUUCUCUCUGGACACUGCCAAUUUAGAUACCAUCUCAGCUUAAUUGGCAAGACUGAGGAUGACGGCUGCCGCUUCUGCAUGAAAACAGCCGAAACAGCUGAGCACAUUAUGUGUGCUUGUCCGGCUGUCGGCUACCUUAGACAGAAAUUCCUUGGGGGUGUUUAUCACCCCCAAUCAGAUUAG